GCCCCUCACUUCCUUGCACUGCUCUCUGCUUUCACUCUCAGCUCCCACUAAAAAAACCAUUGCCAUUUCAUCCUACUCGCUCACAAGUUAUGUUGAAGAACGAGAACGCCGGUGACGGCGGUGGCGGCGCCAGUAACAACUGGGCACGCGUUUGUGACACUUGUCGUGCAGCUGCUUGCACUGUGUACUGCCGGGCAGACUCAGCCUACCUCUGCGCCGGUUGCGAUGCUCGCGUGCAUGCUGCCAACCGAGUAGCAUCCCGGCAUGAACGUGUGUGGGUUUGUGAGGCAUGUGAGCGUGCUCCGGCUGCCUUUCUAUGCAAGGCAGACGCAGCGUCUCUCUGCACAGCCUGUGAUGCAGAUAUCCAUUCAGCGAACCCAUUGGCUCGCCGCCACCAACGUGUCCCAAUUCUGCCGAUUUCCGGCUGCCUUUACGGUCCCCAAGUAGGGCCAGCUACUGGUGAGACCACUGAAGAUAUGUUCAUGACCCAGGAGGGAGAAGAGGGAGUUGGUGAAGAGGAGGAAGAUGAAGCAGCUUCAUGGCUGCUGCUAAAUACUGCGAAGAAUAGCAACGGGCAGAACAAUAAUGGCUUCUUGUUUGGUGGUGGAGAGGUGGAUGAGUAUUUGGAUCUUGUGGAGUAUAAUUCAAAUUCAUGUGGUGAUCAGAAUCAGUAUUCUGAUCAGAACAAUCUUCAGCACUACAGUGUUCCUCAUCAGAAGAGCUGCUAUGGAGGUGACAGUGUUGUGCCUGUUCAGUGUGCAGAAGCAGCAGGAAAAGAUCAGCUUCAUCAACAAUAUCAUAAUUUCCACUUGGGGUUGGAGUUUGAGUCCUCAUCAAAAGCUGCUUACAGCUACAAUGGAUCAAUUAGCCAUAGUGUCUCCAUUUCAUCAAUGGAUGUUGGAGUGGUACCUGAUUCAACGAUGACUGAGGCAUCGAUCUCGCACCCAAGACCUCCAAAAGGGACAAUCGAUCUUUUCUCCAGUCCUCCCAUGCCAAUGCCAUCCCAACUCAGUCCAAGGGACAGGGAGGCAAGGGUGCUAAGAUACAGAGAGAAAAAGAAGACAAGGAAAUUUGAGAAGACAAUCAGGUAUGCUUCAAGGAAGGCGUAUGCAGAGACCAGACCCAGGAUCAAAGGCCGAUUUGCAAAGAGAACAGAUGUAGAAGUUGAAGUGGAUCAGAUGUUCUCCACAACACUGAUGGCUGAAGCUGGAUACGGCAUUGUCCCGUCUUUCUAAGUCCUGCAUCAAAAGAUAGUUUAAGGUCAAAAAAAUUAAAGAACACUUGUUUAGAUGAGGGUUCUACUAGUUAUUACUGAAGCUGUAGUACUAAUACUGUAUGUUUCUGCAUCUAAUUGAUUUCGAUCAGAGAGAUAUCUGUUUAGUGGUUUUGUUAAUUUGUCUUAUUCAAGAUGCUCCUACCUUGUAAAUUCCUGUAUACUUAUAAUUUUUGAAUCAUCAUUUUCCUUAUAUGAGCUA